GAAGACUUUUGAGUCAUCAUUUGAACCUUGUAGAGCUGAGUGGACAUACAUAUGCCAUAAGCUAACAUUGCCUUGAAGCAUAUCACACUAAGCAUCCAAUAUGGGAAACAACACCUAUAUGCGAUGGAAACUGCCACUCAUAUGCUUCAUCUGGCAGCUUGCUAUGAUCAUACUGUUUGGAGUUUUUGCUCGAUAUGAUAUUGGUGCGGAUCCCCAUUGGCAGGAGGAGAUAAAAAAGAAAAAUAGCAGUAAUAUUGAAAAUGAUUUCUACUACAGGUAUCCAAGUUUUCAGGAUGUCCACGUCAUGAUCUUUGUUGGCUUUGGCUUCCUCAUGACCUUUCUGAAGUUUUAUGGCUUCUGCAGUGUUGGGUUCAACUUCAUGCUUGCAGCAUUUGGAAUACAAUGGGCUAUUCUUAUGCAGGGAUGGCUCGGCAAUUUUCAAGAAGGCAAGAUUCCCAUCAGCGUAACAAGCUUAAUCAAUGCCGACUUCUGUGUGGGAUCUGUAUGUAUCGCAUUUGGAGGAGUUCUGGGCAAGGUUAGCCCUGUGCAAGUGAUGCUGAUGACUCUUUUUCAAGUGACCCUCUUCUCUGUGAAUGAAUUCAUUCUUCUACAUAAGCUACAUGUCAUUGAUGCUGGUGGCUCCAUGACCAUCCACACAUUUGGGGCAUAUUUUGGACUGACAGUUGCUUGGAUCUUAAACCGUCCAAAACUUUUACAAAACAACCACAAGGAAGGAUCAACGGCCGUUUCCGAUCUGUUUUCCAUGAUUGGAACCCUGUUUCUUUGGAUGUAUUGGCCCAGCUUUAAUUCAGCAGUAUCGCAUCAUGGAGAUGCCCAGCACAGGGCUGCCAUUAACACAUAUUGCUCAUUGGCUGCUUGUGUUGUGACAACUUUUGCCAUUUCCAGCGUGGUAAACAAAGAUGGUAAAUUAGCCAUGGUACAUAUCCAGAAUGCAACGUUAGCUGGAGGGGUAGCAGUUGGAACAGCAGCAGAAAUGUAUCUGUCACCAUAUGGAUCUCUGAUAGUUGGGUUCAUAUGUGGUAUAGUUUCCACCCUUGGAUUUACCUACCUUUCACCUAUUUUAUCAUCCAAACUUAACAUCCAAGACACCUGCGGAAUCCACAAUCUUCAUGGGAUGCCCGGACUGAUUGGAGGGAUAGUAGGAGCAGUAACAGCAGCUUGUGCGACUGUUGGUGUCUACACAGAAGAAGGUUUGAUAUCUCUGUUCGGAUUUGAAGGAGAAUAUGCAAGCAGGACUCCCAGCAUACAAGGAGGUUACCAGGCGGCUGGUAUCUGUGUGUCUCUGGCGUUUGCCUUUGUUGGAGGCACUGCCGUAGCACUUGUCCUGAAGUUGCCAUUCUGGGGUGAUCCAUCAGAUGAGAACUGCUUUGAUGAUGCCCCCUACUGGGAGCUUCCUUCAGAAGAAAAUGAAGAAGGGGAAGUUGGCAAACAUUAUGUCACUCAUACACCUGAUCAAAUGAAGGAAUUUGAUAAUAAAAACGUAUAAAUGUGUUAACAUCAUCAACGAUCAUGCCAUAGAAUAUUUGAACUGUGUCAAUAUUUGUUUGUGUGUCAACUUUUUACAAUGGUUCCUUUUAGGUUUUUUACGGUAUCAAAUUAUUGUUUUGUUUUAGAAAACGGAGUUAAAUGAAGUUAAAUGAAUCAGAAAAAAAAAUGAAUGGUUGAUGUGUAAAUAAAGGGAUUUACACCCUCUGUCUGUAGUACGUGGUUAUACAUUUUAAAUGAUUUUAUUGAUUUGGUUAAAUUUUUCUUUUCUUUGUAAUAAAACAUAUUUGA